AUGGACUGGGCCGCAAAGGGAGAGCCUCGUUUCGCGGGCUGGGCCCUCGAGAGGGCCCAGACGGCCGCCGCCGAGGCCGGCCUUUCCAAGUAUUCCUUAUCCACUGACGUUGUCAAGGAAAUGUGGAAGGUCGUUAUGGAAAAAAGCAUGGCAAAGGCCCUGGUAGCCGCAGCAGAGGAAUAUCCUGAUAGGGCGCGCAACUUUGAGAAGGAGGCCCAGGAGGCCGCCGCUAAAGCCGGUCUGUCCAUGCCUUCCCUACCCACUAAUGUUGUCCAGCAAAUGUGCACGGUCGCUAAGGAAAAACACAUGGCAAAAGCCCUCGCAUGCGCGGCAGAGGGAGAGCCUGAUAGGGCGCGCAACUUUGAGAAGGCGGCCCAGGAGGCCGCCGCCGAGGCCGGUCUGCCCACGCCUUACCUAUCCACCGCAACUACCAAAUAA